AUGUCUUCAAGGGGUUUCACUCUUACAUAUACUUAUCAUACGAAUAAGAGAAGAGCACCUACACCUACGACUAAGAAGACAACAAGUUCAUCAUCAACCGGAAGACAGACACGAAAGAGACAGAGAUUAGUGAGCGGAGGUGAUAGACCCAAGAAAAAGAGGAGAGGCGGAGGGCAUACUCGAGAUCA